GUGAAGAGGUUCGGAACUUAAAAAAGGAGGCAAAAUUAAAAGAGAUGAACAAUCUAUUCUCUGGCUCUUUCUCUCGCUUUCGAAGUGAAGAAGCGUCCCCCGAUCAUCACGUAAUCGAGAUGUCGGAGGCCUCCUCCGCCUCCGGCGGUGUUAACCUCGACAAGUUCUUCGAAGACGUGGAAUCCAUCAAAGACGAGCUCAAAGAACUCGAGAGGCUAAACGACGACCUUUCGUCGUCUCACGAGCGAAGCAAGACCUUGCACAAUGCGAAAUCUGUGAAGGAUUUGAGAGCAAAGAUGGAUGGUGAUGUAGCCAUGGCUUUGAAGAAGGCCAAGCUUAUUAAGGUCAGGUUGGAAGCGCUUGACCGCUCCAACGCGGCCAACCGGAGCUUGCCUGGGUGUGGACCGGGCUCUUCUUCCGACCGGACGAGGACCUCGGUUGUGAAUGGGCUGAGAAAGAAAUUGAAGGAUUCUAUGGAAAGUUUUAGUGGGUUGAGAGAAAAGAUCUCGUCCGAGUACAGAGAAACUGUUCAAAGAAGGUAUUUCACGGUCACCGGAGAAAACCCAGAUGAGAAAACUCUUGAUCGUCUGAUCUCAACAGGAGAGAGUGAGAGCUUUUUGCAGAAAGCCAUUCAAGAACAAGGGAGGGGUAGAAUUUUGGACACGAUCAAUGAGAUUCAAGAAAGGCAUGAUGCUGUUAAAGAUUUGGAGAAGAAUCUCAAGGAGUUGCACCAAGUGUUCUUGGACAUGGCGGUUCUGGUUCAGGCUCAGGGCGAGCAAUUGGAUGACAUAGAGAGCCAUGUGAACAGGGCUAAUUCUUUCGUGAGAGGUGGAACCGAGAGGCUUCAAACAGCUAGGAAUUACCAGAAAAACACCCGCAAAUGUACUUGUUAUGCCAUCAUACUUUUGAUGGUCAUCAUCUUGUUUGUGGUGCUGUUCACCGUUAGACCAUGGGAAAACAACGGUGGUGGCGGCAACCGUAACAACAGUCCAACCCCAACAACACCAGCCUCGCCACCACCACCACCACCUCCAGCUAUUGCUUAAUCAUAGGUUGAUAUGUUAGCUAUGCAGUAUUCAAUCGUUGGGAUUCUGAGUUUUUACAUGGUCCUUUUUGUUUUCUUUGGAUUGGUUUAUUGAAUCUGUCAAGAGAUGAAUGUUUGAUAAGCUUUUGAAGCUUUUCUUCACUGCAGUGAAUGUUGGAUGGGACAAUCAAUUCUUUUCAGAAUUCAGAUUAGAGACUCCAUUUUUUGUUAUAGAUUCUUUCCUGUAACUAGUUCUUUGUUGCUACAGAUAUGCACUGUCUAUUAAAUGAAAUAAUGUUGGAUUA